AUGGCACGGUCAGGAACUGAUCGGAUAUUUCUGGUGCAAUUCCGACCGGAAUCCGGCGGCAAGGAACCUGCCGGAAUCGAGAAGAGCUGUACCGGAACCAACUCAGAUUUUAACGCACCCAGUCGUCGGAAUGAUCAGCCUGGGACCUGGCAACACCUCAGCAGCACUGUACAUAAAACCCAUCGGAUUCGUGUUUACCGCCCAUCGGAACAGGGUAGCUGUUUUUCGCGGAAUCUAUCACAAGGACCAUUUUUUGUCGAAAAGAAGACAGAUUUCCAUUUCGUUUUAAAUCAAUUAAUCGUCCGUGAACAGUCAGAAGGUGUGAUUCAAAGUUAA